AUGGAUUUUGAUUUAGAGUCUCUUGUAGAUGUUGAGCAGAGAUUCUACGAUGACGGAUACCACGACGGAUUCGCCCAUGGCAAAAUUCACGGUUCCAUAGAAGGCAGAGCCCUCGGCAGGGAGAAAGGGUUUGAGAUGUGGGAGGAGCUGGGCUUUUACGAAGGUUUUGCCCUCAUGUGGCAGGCGAUCCAUGCUCAACAAAGUAGAAACGAAGACCGCACAGCCCACCACAUCCGCCAACUCUUGGACUUGAUCGGGCAGUUUCCUCGCGUGAAUCCGUCCGCGACUGAACCUUCCGACCUCGAUAUUCCGAGGCUAUUCCGGCAGAUCCGCUCGCGUUACAAAGCUUUAUGCGCGACAUUGGGCGUGCGGCCGACUCUUCGGGCUGCGGACUCCAUCGCCCCCAACUCUUCGGAGGACGCUGAAAAUGGGAACAGUCAAAGUAGCACCCGGCCGAGUGGAUCCAAGAGCGUAUGGCCCGUGCAAAGUAUCGAUAAUCAGCGGUCAGGAGAACAGUUCAGCUUCUAA